AUGCCAGCAACUCGAAGUAAAGAACGCCAAACACAGUCUGAAAUGGCAUCUUUGGAUCAAUUGGAAGACUCAAUCAAUAACGAACAAUUAUUGGUUGAUACAACAAGCAUUGAUAGCUUACGUGCUCGGCUCAAACUUUCAACAGAACAACUAACCAGAGCACAUCUGGACAAUCAACCUGCCAACAUCAUACAACAGAUGCAAACAGAAUCUGAGCAAUUAAUUGCAUGCAUAGCUCUUAUUCAACGUUCUGAACAAUACCUUUCACCAGAAAAGGACAACAGCAAUAUCAGCACUCAAACUACCA